AGCAUAUCUAUCUCAUCAUGUCUCUGUUCAAAACUGAAAGUUGAACCCAUCCCUUCUCUCUCUCUCUCUCUCUCCCCCCUGUUUCUUUCUAUAUUCUCUCUCUCCUCUCUCUCUCUCUCCGAAGAAGAAAAAACCUAAAAGAGCAGUUUACCCAUAACUAUGGAUGAAGACAGCCUUCGAAAUUGGGGAUAUUACGAGCCGCCUCAAAAAGGGCAUCUUGGGCUGCAUCUCAUGCCGUCGAUGGCGGCGGAGCGAGAAACAAAGCCAUUCCUUUUGGUCCGGGAUAAUCCCAUGAUGCCUUCAUCCAACGGUGGCUACCAUCCCCGGAAUUGCAUGGUAAGUGAAUCACCUGUGACGCAGAUCGACUAUGUCCGGAAUAAUUGGAUUAACAACCGCGAUAAGUUCAUGCACAUGUUCCCCGACAACCCGUACAAUCCCGUCCUUGCAGCUGAGGCCUCCGGAACCCAACCCGCGAUGCAGAUGGUGAACCAAAACGAGAUAAAAUUGGAGUUGGAAGAGCCUCCGGUUAAGAACGAGGAUGGCCCGAAAAAAAAGAGGGCAGCCCCGAAGUCGACCCCAAAGGCGAAGAAGCCAAGAAAGGUUCCUGCUCCAAAGGAGAACGGAAACGGAAACAGGAAUGGGAACCCAUCUUCCCAACGUGCGAAAACGUCGAAGAGGAGUGUCGAGGUUGUUAUCAAUGGCGUUGAUAUGGACAUCACCGGUAUCCCGAUUCCGGUUUGCUCGUGCACUGGGAAUCCCCAGCAGUGCUAUAGGUGGGGGUGCGGCGGGUGGCAGUCAGCGUGCUGUACGACGACUGUAUCGAUGUAUCCGCUCCCGAUGAGCACGAAACGGCGCGGGGCGAGAAUUGCUGGUCGGAAGAUGAGUCAGGGUGCUUUCAAGAAAGUUCUGGAGAAACUUUCCGGAGAAGGGUUUGACUUUUCCAACGCGAUCGACUUAAGGACUUAUUGGGCCAAGCAUGGGACCAACAAGUUCGUGGUGAUCCGGUAGAUCGAGCGAUUGAUUGCGGCGAGCGCGCCUCGACUUUUUUCAGGUGUAUGUAUAUAUUCUCCGGCCCCCUUUUUUCAAUGCAAACUUUUUCAUGAUAAUUUUCGAUGCUCCGAAGCUGAGAUCGCAAAUCGUUUUGUUUUUCGGAUUAAUGGAUGAUUUUUGAGGGGUUUACCCGAACGUUGAAUGUAUGUAUUUUCGAUGGAUUUUGCUAUGUUCUGCCUGCGGAUUUGAUUUGUUUUGACUGGUAUUUUUGAGAAUGUUCGAUUA